AUGUCUGGCAACAAAUCGGAAUUGAAGCUAUGGGGUGGCAGAUUCACGGGGGAAACUGACCCCCUGAUGAACUUGUACAAUGCGUCGUUACCAUACGAUCAGAAGAUGUACAACGCAGACUUGGACAAUUCCAAGUACUACACUGAGGGGCUCCUUAAGGCCGGUCUACUGACCCAGGAAGAACUGGACGAGAUCCACAGAGGCCUGGAAAUUAUUCGUGGUGAAUGGGCCAGCAACUCAUUUGUCGAGAAGGACGGCGACGAGGACAUCCACACUGCAAACGAGAGAAGACUUGGCGAAAUCAUUGGCAGACACAUCGCAGGCAAGGUGCACACUGGUAGAUCCAGAAACGACCAGGUCGCUACGGACAUGAGAAUCUACUGCCGCGAAGCUCUAGACAACAUGGCCAAGAUCCUCAAGGACCUGGUCGGCGCCAUUUUGCAGAGAGCCGAGCAGGAAAUCGACGCGCUGAUGCCCGGCUACACCCACCUGCAAAGGGCUCAGCCUAUCAGAUGGUCGCACUGGCUCAACUUGUAUGCUACCUACUUCACUGAGGACUUCAAGAGACUGAAGCAAAUCAGAGAAAGACUCAACGUGUCUCCCCUGGGUUGUGGCGCCCUGGCUGGCCACCCAUACGGAAUCGACAGGGAGCACAUCGCUGAAAGACUGGGCUUCGACGGCGUCAUUGGGAAUUCCUUGCAGGCUGUCUCAGACAGAGAUUUCGUUGUGGAGAUCUUGUUCUGGUGCUCCCUUUUUAUGAACCACAUUUCUAGAUUCAGCGAGGACCUGAUUAUCUAUUCUACUGCGGAGUUCAACUUCGUGAAGCUUUCUGAUGCCUACAGUACUGGCUCUUCGCUGAUGCCACAGAAGAAAAACCCCGACUCUCUAGAACUUUUGAGAGGCAAGUCUGGUAGAGUUUUCGGCUCUCUUUCCGGCUUCAUGAUGUCUUUGAAGUCGAUCCCUUCCACCUACAACAAAGACAUGCAAGAGGACAAGGAGCCACUAUUCGACGCUCUUCUAACUGUGGAACAUUCCAUUCUUAUCGCAACAGGAGUCAUUUCUACGUUGACCAUCAACAAGGAGAGCAUGUACAAAGCCCUGACCAUGGAUAUGCUGGCCACCGACUUGGCUGAUUACCUGGUUAGAAAGGGUGUUCCCUUCCGUGAAACCCAUCACAUCUCAGGUGAGGCUGUUAGAAAGGCCGAAGAACUGAACCUCUCCGGGAUCGACAAGAUCAGCGUUGAGCAGUAUAAAGAAAUUGACUCUCGUUUCGGCGAUGAUGUGGUCGAUGUUUUCGACUUCGAGGUUUCUGUCGAAAGAAGGACUGCUACUGGCGGCACUGCUAAAUCAGCGGUUUUAAAACAGAUUCAAAAAUUGAGAGCCGAACUGAGUUCUUGA